AUGUUGAAGCGGGAGACCGUAUUUCCUGGUAGCAGCCAAUGGGCCGCUGCCAGAGGCUCGGAGCCUGCUCUAGAGACAGACGUUCAACCCCCUGUAACUCCUUUAUCCGUCACCAAACGAAGGAACCGAUUAGCCAUUCCUCGCAUGGACCUGCCGGUCAAUAUUGCACAUUCUGGUGAUCACCAUCCACCACCUGUCAUCGAUGGGUCGCCAUGGAAGCAUUACAAAACAGCCUAUGGGCUUGAAAUGGGCGGUUACGUCGCCGUUGUCUGCAAGAUCCCCGCUACAGACAGACUAUUCUCAAUGCACAGUAUCUCCGGCCCCAGUCGGGCGCAAAAGGUCGACGUGCUCCGGAGCCUAAACCACGACAAUCUCCUCCUGCCCGAGGAGAUAUUCACAUACGAGGACUCAAGCUGCGCUAUCACCGAGGCUGCGGCCAUUUCCCUGGGAGAUCUCGUACUGGUCCGCCCAGACGAGAUCCAGCUCGCUGCUAUCGUAGGCCAGGUCCUGCGCGGCGUAUGCUACCUUGCAUCUCAGGGCUUGUCACAUGGAUCGAUCAGCCAUGCGAAUGUCCUUCUGACCACUAAAGGGAUUGUCAAAAUUGCUGGUUGCGAGGGAUGCUCUUCUGCUAUCGGAGAGACCCGGAAAGCUGAUGCGCGAGCAUUGGGAAGGGUCAUGUGUUGGCUGAUGGGCGAUGAGACCGAGAUCGCCGCGGGAGGUGACGAAUCAAAAAAGAGCUCGCUCCGGCUGAAAGACCCUAAAAAGUGGUCGGCGGAGGCGGUCGAUUUUCUGAGUCUCACCCUUAGCGUGUCGGUCCAGACGCUGGCGGAGAUCAACGAGCUGAUCCCGAAUUGGGAAGCGACGUCAACUGCAGAUCGAUGUGACCCCAAGUCCUCACCAAAUGCGGAAGAUUCUCAGCUCGGCCCAGAGGAUCUCUUCAUCCAGUUCCUCUCCGAUAAGGACUUCGAGAUUAACAUCCGCCGUUGA